UCGUUUGUAGAGAUCGUCGCUCUAUCCAGUCCGUGGUGUUGAUCUUGGCUCCAGCUGUAGACUGGGCCCGUACCAUGGCGGAGAAGACUCAAAAGAGUGUGAAGAUUGCUCCUGGAGCAGUUGUAUGUGUAGAAAGUGAAAUCAGAGGAGAUGUAACUAUAGGACCAAGGACAGUGAUUCACCCCAAAGCACGAAUUAUUGCCGAAGCUGGGCCGAUAGUGAUUGGUGAAGGUAACCUGAUAGAAGAACAGGCCCUCAUCAUAAAUGCUCAUCCAGAUAAUAUCACCCCUGACACUGAAGAUCCAGAACCCAAACCUAUGAUCAUUGGCACCAACAAUGUGUUUGAAGUUGGCUGUUAUUCCCAAGCCAUGAAAAUGGGGGAUAAUAAUGUCAUCGAAUCAAAAGCAUAUGUAGGCAGAAAUGUAAUAUUGACAAGUGGUUGCAUCAUUGGGGCUUGUUGCAACCUAAAUACUUUUGAAGUCAUCCCUGAGAAUACAGUGAUCUAUGGUGCAGACUGUCUUCGUCGGGUGCAAACUGAGCGACCACAGCCCCAGACACUACAGUUGGAUUUCUUGAUGAAAAUCUUGCCAAAUUAUCACCACCUAAAGAAGACUAUGAAAGGAAGCUCGACUCCAGUUAAGAACUGAGAAUAGUGUAUAUCAAGAUAACGUUCCCUCUUUGACUACUGUCUUUUGAAAGGGCCACAGUGUUUGUACAUUCUUAGCAGCUCACAUAAUAAUGUGUGUUGACUUUGUUUGAUAAAACUAUGAGAGGAAAGUAAUGGAUUUCCAUUGUAACUGUCCUUUAUAAUUUAUAUAAAAUGUAUUAUUUUCCUAUGCCUUUGCUCCUUUCUGAUAAUUUACAGAUUCAUUUUUUCUUUUGUUAUAUAAAAUGUUAGCCACAAAUUGAUUAUGUAAAAGACUACAGAAAUGGCAAGUGGUCAUGUAAUUACACUCUAGCAUAUACUAAACUAAAUAAAAACUGCUGGUGACAGA